AACAGACGUCAGAAGGGAGUCUUCGCCUCGAGUCAAAACAAAACAAAACAAAACAAGUGAAAAAGACGGCGGAGGAGUGAGUAUUUGGACCCUCACGACGACCGGAAGUCCCGCCGGACCCACCGCCCGUCCAGCGCGGGGACUUGGAGGGAGUUCCCUGCGGCUUUUCGCGGACUUUUCCCCGGAUUGUAAACUCUGGAGCAGCAGGAGCUCGGAGCAGCUAACGUGACGGAGGCUGUCGUUUCCAAAGAGCCGACAGACCGCCGGAGGCCGCCCAGCUUCACCCAGCUUCACCCAGCUCCACCCGGCUCCAGCCAGCCCGCGGGGGGAUCCGCUCCGGAGCCCGAGCACCGGGACGAGGCCGGUCCGAGCCGCGGGCCGAGCUCGACGGACGGCUUCUCCUCCAGCGCCUCCCCGAGCAUCGUGUGGAGCAACAUGGCAGAUGGUGACAUGUGUCUGUCCGCAAUGUGGCGGACCUGAAGCCCGGACUUCUCCCACCGCUCUUCCAUCCACUUCCUCACACUUUAAAUAGCCGAACUCCACCGGACCACCGCCGGCGACGUGGGUUUGAUUCCGCCCCGGUUCCCUCGCUCGACUUCCCCGCGUGUUCGGGCGCUUUAACCCGGAGGCCACUGCGAGGUUUUUACUCUUUUUACACUCGAUGAACACAAAACCUCGGUUAAUCUGCCCGUUCCCCCCCUGCUCCCUCCGGACUGAUCUGUGACUGUCUGCCGGUCGUUUCAGGAUUUAAAGAAAACUAAAUCUUGUCUGGAGGUAUUUUGUGUUGUGGAGCUCAGACAUCACGUUGUUUACAAGUGCAGCCGGACAGGAGCCUGCUAAUCCCCGUUUGUAACCUUUAUGGUUUUAUAGUAAAAUACAACAACCUACUGGGAAUUUUAUAUUUAAUUUGAUAAAUCUGGUACGAAACUAACUUUAAUAUUUGUUAAAAAAAAUAUUUAAACCAUUGCCUUUGAGGAAUAGUUAAAAUAUACUAUUUCUAAAUUCUAACAUUGAAAAUUAUAUACUUUUAGUUUUAAUUUAGAGGAAAGGCUUUGUUUUAUACACAUUUACAUUCUUGAUUGUAUAAUUCAUCCACCGCAGAGGCUAAAUCUGCAUAGAUCCAGAUGUUGUGCUGCUCAUCCUCACUCAGCCACUUUUGUUUUUAUUUCAUUCAAACAAAGAGACUGGCAUCGUCCCAGCCUCCUUCAUUCUAUAUAAAUCAGAAGGUUUAUGAUAGUUACUAUUAAGGAGAUUAUUUGGGUUCCCUAAUCUCCAAUCUGAGGAUUAACGGAGGCUAUUGGUGUGUCCAGAUUACCACGUCUCUCUUCUAGGCCCCUCGGUGGGUGAAGCAUCUUGUUUUUGUGUCGGGAAGUUUUGUCUUUUUUUUCUCCACGCAUCUUCCGGCCUCGGAGUUAACUUGAAACUCUUUCAAAAGGUAAAUGUUUUGAGUGGUCUUCCAUCUUCGAGGUCGAGUGGAACCCCAGUGCGCCGCCAUGGAGCAGACCUCCGUGCCCCCCAUUGACCCAGAUUUCGAGCCGCAGAGCAGACCCCGCUCCUGCACAUGGCCGCUGCCGAGGCCCGACCUCUCGGUUGUCAAACCGGAGGGCGGAGACGGCCCGGAGUCCGCCGCCGGCACCCCCCCCGCCGACGAGGACAAGCCCGAGCCGCAGCCAAUCACGUCCGAGCCCGAGAAGGCUGCGGCGGCGGCGGAGGGCGGAGCCGAGGGCGGAGCCGGGGCCGGCGUGGGAGGAGCCGGCGCGACGCCCCGCAAAGGCUCGUCCCGGCGCAACGCGUGGGGCAACCAGAGCUACGCGGACCUGAUCAGCCAGGCCAUCGACAACUCGCCCGACAAGAGGCUGACCCUGGCCCAGAUCUACGAGUGGAUGGUGAAGACUGUUCCGUACUUCAGGGACAAAGGGGACAGCAACAGCUCAGCAGGCUGGAAGAAUUCCAUCCGCCACAACCUAUCACUCCACAACAAGUUCUUGAGGGUACACAAUGAAUCCACAGGAAAGAGCUCCUGGUGGAUGCUCAACCCAGAAGGAGGGAAGACCGGGAAAGCUCCUCGGCGCCGAGCCGCCUCCAUGGACAACAGCAGCAAACUGCUGAAGAGUCGGAUGAGGGCCAAGCAGACCAAGAAGCAGGCGGGAGCAGCCGGCGCUGGAGGGGCGCUGCAAGGUGACGGCAGCACCGGGUCAGGAGGUGCAGACAGCCCGAACUCCUCCCAGCAGUUUCCCAAAUGGGGGGUCAACAGCAGUAGCCCCUCCCCCCGCGGCAGCCUGGAUGACUCUGACAUGUGGACCACCUUCCGUCCACGCACAAGCUCUAACGCCAGCACCCUCAGCGGUCGUCUGUCCCCCAUCGCUCCUGGACAAGAGGACGACGACAACCUGCCUGAGGACGGACUGCUGGGCAGAUACGCUUCCAGGAGCUUGACCCCCACCCUCACCGAGACCCUCAUGGAGGAGUUGGAUCUGAUCGAUGGCCUCACGCUGAUGACCGGGCAGCAGGGAGGGGCCAGUCCCAGCACAGCCCCACCGGCUCCUCCCACUCCGCUGCCCUCCGCCUCCACCCUGCUGCCCCGGGGCUCCAGCUUCUCCUCCUUCCAUCAGCUGCAACAAUCCAGCCUCCCGCAGGCCCCCCCCAACACCGGGACCCAGGCCUCCAUCUCUCAGUGCGGACCCGGCAGCAAGGAGCAGACGACCUUCAGCAAUUCCCUCUUCAACCCCAUGUCUAGCUCCAGCUCUCGUAGUGCCAGCCACUACAGCACCCACGUGCCCUCCAGCCUGGAAGCCCUGCUCACCUCUGACUCCCCCCCUCCGAGUGAUGUCAUGAUGACCCAGGUGGACCCCCUCAUGCCUAGUCCUGGAGGGGUGGGCCUGAUGAAUUUGGGUUUAUCUGUGGUGGGUGUGAGGCCCAAACCCAAUCAGCUGCUGUUGGGUAAGGGGCUGGAGCCGAACACCGUGGCCCCCAUGGCACUUCAGGCUCAGAUGCAGCCUCAGCAGCGUCACCUUCUCCAGCAGCACCAGCCGCACCAGCAGCAGCAACAUCAGCAGCAGCAACAUCAUCAUCAUCAUCAGCAGCAGCAGCAGCAGCAGCAGCAGCAGCAGCAGCAGCAGCAGCAGCAACAGCAGCAGCAGCAACAUCAGCAGCAGCAGCAUCAGCAGCAGCAACACCAGCAUCACUCUCAGAUGGGGUUGGGGAUGAUCCUCUCAGGUAUGUCUCAAGACCUGCCACAGCUCUCCGCUCUCAAAGCCCAGCACGCCGCAGGGCCGGCGCUGGGCUCUCUCUCUCUCCAUGGAGGGCCCGGCGUCAGUCUGCAGGCGAUGGGUCAGUUCGGAGCUCCGUCCUGCUUCUCCGCCGGUCAGGACCGACUGCCCACAGACUUGGACAUGGACAUGUUCACGGAAAACCUGGAUUGCGACGUGGACUACAUCAUCAACAGUGACCUCAUGGACGGAGACGGCAUUGAUUUCAACUUUGACCCCAUGCCUGGAGGCCAAAGCUAUGCCGGGCCGGCCACCACACAGGGCUCCGCCCACAACUGGGUCCCCAGCUAAUUCCUCAGCUGACAACGCAAAGCUAGGAACUGAUCUCCAAUGAAGAUGACCUCACAAUAUGACACGACCGGUGCAUUCCUCCUCCCUCACGAUGGCUGAUUCUCAACCUCAACACUUCCCUCGGACUAAACCACACCUCACUCAUGUCCUGUGCCAACACUUGCAGAGGACCGGGAGGAGAUGACGCAGGCUACUAUGCACAAAAUCUCUCCUUUUUUUAAUAAUAACACUUGCAACAGUUUGGCUGCUAGCCAUUUUUACCUUUGAAUUCAAACCGUUUUUUUUCUAAGACUUGUGAAAUAAUGUUUUUAGAGUGAAAAGACAGAUCACGAGCUCCCGCCUGCCAGGGGUUCAUAUUACAGUUGUGUUUCACCACAAUAGCUUUAGGGUCGGUACGGUACCCCCAACCCCCCCCGAUCUCGAUGGGUUUGGUUUUGAAUACUCUACGGACUGUGCGUCUUUGGAGAAAUGGCCAGUUUCCCAUCGACACUUGCAUAGCCGGACUUGCCAGACCAGAUGCCGUUUGAUCGUCUGAGCAAGGUGCACUUACUCGGCCGCACCAGCUCAGAUCAACUCCCGAGGAAACAUAUCGUCCUCCGUGACAACACAUGACUGCGGUUGUGAAGAGGGGAAAAAUAAAGACCGGACGACUGGAGAUAUAAAAAUGUUUGAUUGAACAUCGGCUUACGUCUGGCCCAAUCGUGUACUGAGACUAAGAUCAUACGUACGAUUCAUUUUCUCACUUUAGAGGAAAGAGUUACAAGUUUAUUUUUUUUGGUGUAGGGCUGGGCGAUACAGUAAAAAAUGUUAGAUUUCAUAUCAGUUGAAAUCGACAAUUAUCAUGAUAAACAUCCAAUUAUUGUUUAUCCCAAGUUUAGAGACUGAUUCUUGCUCCUGUUUGACAGUUAAUGAAACUGUGGCUCUUGUUCAUGGGCGGAAAACAGCGAACAGCGAAACAUUUCACAAAUCUGAGGUGGACCAUUCAAAACGAUGACAUGUGUUACACCUCACAAGCCUGCACAAUGCAUAAGCAUCACAUUGAUAAAGAAUUAACUUUUGUAAUGUUGCUAUUGAAGAACAUUGCAUCGCGAUAUUUAUACUUAUUGUUUUAUCGCCUAGCCCUACUGUGGUGAUUCACCUAAGAGGGUAUGUUUUUGCAGUUUGGCAUUUUUCAAUCCAGUGUGGUGAGAUAGACGUGAGUUAGAGGGUGUUUUUUAUUUUUAUUUUUUAAUCCCUGAUGUGCAGUUAAACUAAGAAAAUGAAGAAAUGUGAUUUGUGACAUACACAGGGCAUUCAAGGGUAAAUUUAUUUGCCAGCGAGUGAUUGGUUGGCCAAGUAUUACAUUGUCUUAAACAGCAAUAUGCCUCCACUGUCGAAUGGUCUACCUGAUUUAAUUUUCCUUCUUCUUUCUUUUUUAUGUUCUUCCCCUCGAGCCUGUGCAUUUUCAAAGCACUUAGGUUUCCUGCGACACAGGGACCCCAAACUAAGAGAAUACACGUUACGGUUGUACCAUUUCAUUAUAAAAGAGUUUAAAUCCUGUAUAAAAAAACAAUACAACAUGUAAUGUACACAUUGCACAUGUACAUGAUGACACGCUAUGCAGAUUUAUCAGGAGAACAAAAUGAAAUCUUGAAGGAAAUUUGAAAAAUCACUUCUUGAAGGUUUUUGCUAUUUAACAUUUUCCUGAUAUUUUGUCUAGGGGUGGGGGGAGGGGGGGUGACGGAGAUAUGGCGGCCUCACGUCAGAAAAAUCCUCUCACACUUUAAUUAUUUAGCUCUAAUAAUCAAGAAAUUAAUUCAAUGUGUUUGAGAUGUACGAAAAAAGAAAAUAUAUUUGAUUAUAGUUUUAAUAUACAAUUUAGAUGGAGGUAAUAAAUGAGAUAUUAAUACAUAUGAAUAUAUUACUAAUGACACGUGAUUUUUUUUACAUUGGAGGAAGCAUUUUUAGAUCAUUUUUAACGGUAAUUUUCUAUACUUUUAUUUUUGUAAAGGAUGAGAUGCGUGUAGAUUGUUUUUUACAUAACCAAAGGAACACUAAUAUUUGCAUUCGCAUGGCAUUUAGGGAGCUUGGGCCUGACACAGCAUCUCGGUGUACAUACGCUUAGCAACAGACGCCGCCUGUAACGUGAAAUCUGACGCAUCAAUACUUGACCAUUUAAAAAUUCCCGAUUGUCUGCCUCAUUAUUUUAUAGCAUUAGUUGUGGAUGCGAUUGAAAGAGAUCUGUGCUGAAGCGUGGCACGAUGUAAAAAAAAAAAAAAAAAAAAAGAACGCCUGUGCCACUUUCUCAUCUCAAAACGAGACUAAUGCAACCGUUACCUCUCAGGGUCGCUCAGAAGAAAAACAACUCCGCACAGAUCUAAUCAGAAAACAUGAUAAUAGCAAAAAAAAUUAAAAAAUGAUGAUUUUACUCUGUUACAACAGACUGGAAACCAAUAUCUUUGUUUUAGUUUUUCCUGGAGACAUUUCUGUUGAUCUCACGUUUCACUUCCCUCUCUAGAGUAACCUCUUCUCGCUCUCCAGUCACAUUUAUCAGCACUAUCCUGUCCCACGUUCUUUUCAUUUUUUUUGGACUGCCAACAUUUAAAACACUAUAGCAUGAUGUUACUCUGUAGCAGGAUGUCUCUCUCACCUCAAGGACUUUUAUUUGGUGAUCUCCCCCUUUGAAAAGUUUGUGUUUUGUGUUUGUAUGUAAAGACUUUGUUCAUAAGCGUCAGGUUUCCUGUGAAUCAGAAAUAACAUCCCAACAGUUAAACUCCUAAUAUUCAUCAUUUCACCGUAGCUAUGUGAAUACGUUAGCGUCUGAUUUAUACAAAGCACUCUCUCGUUUUUCCACACGUGUAUUGUGUUUUAUUUUUGGUGCUAGAUGUCAUAUCCGUGACAGAACCUGGAGUAUGCCAUGACGCAGUGGCUGCAAAUCAGGGCCUUUUGAAUCUUUGAAUUUUCUGUAUUCAGCGCAAGGAUCUUGAUUUGGUGUCGUUGCAGAACACAAUCAAGAUCCUUUCCCUUUUGUUUUAUGUUUUUUUUAAAUAUAUAUUCAGUAUAUAAUUACCUUCCCCCAACCUGGUCACUUAAAUCGAUCUAAAAAACCAAGGGCCAGCUUUUUAAAUCUGCAUGAUUUUCUUAUUAUUUUAAAAACAUAGCAUGUUAUUUUAGGACGUUGUACUUGCAACAGACCCCCCGUGUUUUUCCUCACUAAUGGUCAGGUGGAGAUGUUAACUGUGGAUAGGACGGACCGCAGCAUGUGAACGUGGUUGGUUUGUGAGAAUCAGCUGCAGCAGGCUUUCACGUCUCUAGUUUACUGUUGCCGCCUUAAAAAAAGGGCAGAUGUGGUAUUAUGACUUCCCCUUGUAUCUCCCCCUCCAAGUAAUUAAAACUAUCUACAUAUUUUCCUUCAGUUUCCUUAUAAAGUAGCCAUUAGUUCCUGUAUUUUUGCUUUGAAAAUUAAAAAUUUGCCCCAUUUGAUACAGUAUUUUAGUAUUCGGCAAGGGUUGUUUUUUUUAUUUUCAUUUCCAUAGGGAGGUUGGGGCGGGCAGGGAUUGAUAAGUUUGUGGAUAAGCCAAUUAUGUUUAUGAUUUUGAUUAAAUGUCGAUAGUUGUUCUUUUCUCCCCCCCCCCCUCUUCAUUCGUUUUCUUUCUUUACUCCUUGUAAAGUCAGCCAGCGAUGACGAACAGUUCUGAACAGCAGAAAUAAAUUCAAUAAACUGUUUAA